AUGGCGGUGGUGACGCUGCUAGGCAGCUUGGCCAGUGGCAUGCCGCUCGCCUCUAUGUUCAAGGUAUACACCUAUAUCAUGUGCGAGCUCUACGACCCUACCAUACGUGACGAGCCUGUUGAUCACAAAGAUGCCAGUCUACUCUCCGCCGUCCGCUCCAUGUUCGUCGCAGCAGGUGCAGGAAGCACUGCAACGGUAAACAAGCUGCCAGCUGCACCAGAAUUACCCAAUCCUCCACGUUGCUCGCUGCCUUGGGUUCAAAAGUCGACAUCGUCCUACUCGGCUGCCAUGGUCACAGUGGGCGCUCUGUUGGGGCUCAUGACUCUCUCGCGAGCCUCGACCCUGUCACGUCGCUUCGGACGCAAGCCGCUGCUGCUCAUCGCGCAUGUGUUCAUCGCUCUGGCCAUCCUCGUCUUCAGACUGGCCGUCGUCCUCCCACCACUUGCCGGCGCCGCUGUGCUGUACUGCGCCGUCGUUCUUUCGGAAGCCUCGGCAGGAGCACCGCUUCGAAUCGCCAUUCAGAACUACGUGGUCGACACCACAUCCGAAGCGCAACGAGCAGGUGCUCUCAGCUUCAUCGAAGGGUUCGGCCAGAUUGGCGCCUUCCCAUCCAGCGCCUUGGGAGGGUUGCUUGCCAGUCUGACCAAUGAAUUCUUUGCCCCCUUUUACGCAGACUGUGGGCUCAUGGUGUUGGCUGUGGUCUACAUCCUCCUCCUUGUUCCCGAAAGCAAGCCGGGCGCAGAGCUUACCUUUGUGGACCAAUGGCUCCACUCGGACGAGGUCGAGUCUGGAUCAUCGCAAGAGCAGGAGCAAGACGAUGCGAAUGCCGAGGGCGAAGACAGCGGCACCCGCAGCCAUUCCAACGUGACUUGGUCGACUGUCCACUCGGAACGCGACACAUCCAAGCUGCAUUGGCGAUCACGCGUGCGUAAGCUCAACUUUCUGCGUCCGCUCAUUAUCUUUUGGCCCAAGCGAAGGCACUACACGCCUAUAACCGAGCAGGAUGUCAUUGAAGCACCCCUUCCCUACGAUGCAAACCGAGGUCAAGACUCGACUCAGCGCAAUGGUCCACGUGGCGCAGGGGGAGAUCAGCCCGCGCAGCUCUACGCGGCGGCGCACAAGCCGCAGAGCAGGAUGGACUUUCGUCUGCUCAACCUGGCGGCGGUGGUUGUGUUCGAAGAGACGUAUCAGGCAUUUAUGGUGCCGCUGCUGCUUCUCUACAACAGCGAGCGGUUCGGAUUCGAUGUCUUGCAGAACGGAUACCUGGUGAGCGUUUUGCAGAGCACCCGGGCUCUCUUUCUCACCGCUAUCUUCCCGCCUGGCGUUGCGCUUGCGAGACGAUACGUAGCCAAGAUUGGACUGGCGAGACGGCGCAAGCAGGUUCAAAAGCUCAAAGAAGCCGCUCGACAGAAUCGUCGAAAGCACGCAGCGACGCAAAGCCGGGCUGCCAACGGCGAUGAGCGUACGCCGCUCGUUCGUGGAGUUUCAGAGAGUCAAUAUGGCAGCGUCGCAGCUAGAGACUAUGGGCGGGUGGGGCGUCCAGGAAGCGCUGGUGGAUCCGGUGUGGAGGGGCGGCCCGCGCGACGCCGGCCAUCGUACAAGUCGGCGGCGUCGCUGGGGUGUUCGAACCUCAAGGGCAACAAGCGGAGUUCGAUGGCAUCAGGAUUUACCGUCAGCAGCAGCAGCUGGGAGACAAACUCGAUCUUUACCAGUUCUCCGUCGAAUCUGAUCAAGCGCAUACAGAGGGGAAAGCUGGACAUUUCGAUCAUGGUUGCCUCGUAUAUGCUCGCAACGGCGUCGUUCUUGAUCAUGGCGAGCUCUGCCAAAGCACCGACCAGCUCUCCUCGCCCAAAGAGCACUCUUGUCGCUACAGCAGCAGCAGAUGGAGGCGACAAGCAAGGACUGUGGUGGUCGAGUCCGUGGAUCCCGUUGGUCGUUGCUGUGGUGUUAUUGCAGAUCUCUUCGGGCUCUACAUCAUUAAGGACGGCGCUGGUGGUCAAUGCCGUGUCGGAAGACGAUCAGACCAAGGCGCUCGCAGCGCAUCAGAUUCUGGUGACGGUGGUGGCAGCGGUGGUGCCCUUGCUGACCUCGUUCGUGUUUGGUGUAGCGCUGGAAAGGGGACAUCCGGAGUUUGUGUGGCUGUUCAAAUCAUCGUUUGCAGCACUCGCUGCUGUAGGCGCUCUGGGCCUGUUCUGGAGUCAUCAAGGCUUCUACGAGAAGGCGCAUGACGACGACGAAGAUGACCACGACAACAGCAGCAGCGAUGAGGCAGAAGAAGAAAGAGACGAGGUCAGACAAGAUGGUUCCUGA